GGAGCCUGUAGGUUGAUGGUAGAUUCUCAGAAUAUUUGUUUUGGGAUGGUAUGUGCUUGUAGUUUUAUCGUGACAGGCGGCAGCAGCUGCUGGAGUUUGGCUGGUAUGCGCUGGAGUCAAGAUGUGAUGAUGAAACUAGCGUAACCUGAUUUAACUAUACAACCGUCUGUAAAGGAGUCAGAGGAAGAAUCUCUGUAUGGAUUUUCUUGGGACUGGACAUCGGAGGCAUACUUCCUAAAAAAAGAAGGAAGAAACACCCUAGGACCAUCUUGUGCAAGUGGGCGGAGGGUCUAAAAUAAAAUCAGCUGUCACUGUCUGCUCGAUGGACAGAGGUGAACGCAUAACACUGGAGCUGGUCUCCAUCCCUGUCUGGGAUUUGGGAUUUUGGCUUGGAUAGACCCUGCUGGAACAGCGGCCUUAAAGUGGGAUUCUACUUUCUGAAUUUGUUUUUUUAAAUCAGCAUCUUUCCUGGGAGACAAGAUUAAAGGGCUAUGUCUGAAUCCUUGAUACUGGCGCACGUUUUCUCAUUUUAAAGGAUUUGGAGCUGCAGGCAGCACAGGUUAAACCAGGGCUGGACAUCCUGAAAGUUUGAAGCCAGAGGAAUCAGGAUUCACUCUGCAGCCUCAGACGUCAUCCCACUGGCUAACUGCGAGGCCAUGUACCGGGCAGCUGUCUCCAAGCGAGCAGACAACACCAUCCCCAGCGGGGUCAUGGAGGAGUCAGACGUCUGUUCUCUGCCUGGGGGAUUUGCAAGCGUGAGGAAACUAUUUCAAAGCCAGGAAACGGCAACAUCCCAAAAUGUAACUCAGUUUCAUUUCCACCACAGAACACAACAGGAAAUGUCAACCUCAGAGGUGACGGUGUCAGGUGGCAGCAGGCAGGUCAUCCCAGGCAGUCAACAGCUACAUUUCCAAGAAACUAUGGUGACAAGCGGUGGCAACGCCUUGGUAUCCAGUUAUGAAAAUGAAGCAGAAGAGGAGAUUCCCAGGUACACCACUAAAGAGCUAAGAGAUCACUUUGAAAGAACAAUAGAAGAAGCUGCUUCUCAAAAACCAAUGAAGAUUGGACGCAACAUCAGUCAAUCUAAGUGGUCCUCAAAUGUGACUCAAAGCAACACAGGGACCAGUGAAGGACACAAAGAAUUCACUAGUGAAGCAACACAAGGCGUAGUCACAGUGAUGGAUGAAGACUUUCCACCCCCUCCAGCUGAGGACUCUGAGUAUCUUCCACCCCCUCCUCCAGACUUAUUACAAAUGCCAUCAGACAGUGAAAAUAGUCCAGCAGGCCAUUACUCACACGAGCCUCCAGAGCCGGUAAACCCGCCCAGACAACCAUUCAACAGAGAAGCUUACUUUAAGCAGCAGAGUAUGUCUGAGCUGAAACGUCUUUACAAACACAUUCAUCCAGAGGUUCGUAAAAAUAUUGAGAAAGAGGUCUACUGUGAAUACGGUGAAGGUGAGAACAACCAAGCAGACAACCAGGAAUACACGUACGAGGAUGAUGGCGGCAGCCCCGACGAAAUGAAUGAUGAGGAAUAUGAGGAAUGGGAGGAGAUUCUUCCAGGGGAAGUACAAGCUAUGCGCUGGAUGUUUGAAAAUAAACCACUGGAUGCCAUUAAAGACGAAACUCCCGAUGAGGAUGGAGACGGCAAGAAAAUAACCGAACAGGAAAUAAUUGUUGGAAGAGAUGUGAGACGCACAGCACUGAUGUUUGAGACUAAGUCAAUAGAUGAGCUGGGCUCACUGAAGACCAACUCAACAGAAUAUAGAAACAAAUUCAACAAAUUUGACAAGGGUGAUGUCCGUGCUGCAGCAUGGCUGUUUGAGACCCAAACUAUGGACACUCUGAACAAAAUGCACAAGGAGGAGGAUUUAACAAAAGAGGUUGUGUUUACUGAAGAGGAUGGAAAUGCUACUAUUUGCAUGAUAGAGAAUAAAUUCAUGGAAGGUCUUGGCCACACUGAGACCACUGAUGAGAGCCACCUUCUGAACCUACGGUCAGAGUUAGAGGAAAUUACUGGAGAUUUUAAAACUAUAACAAGUACAUUUGACACUCAGUUUAGGUGUGCCAUCAUGGGGCAAUCGGGCCAGAUGCUGGAAAUAAAGUCUGUGCGCAAAAUUGAAACAGAAUUGGAAAACUCAAUUGCUUCACGGUGGCUUUUUGAUACCCAACCCCUAGAUUUGGCAAACGGGGAGUUUGCUCCUUUGAAACUUGUGUGUAGUCUUUCCAUGGAGGACAACAGUAAAGGAGACUGGGGCAGAUGGCUUUUUGAGAUAAAGACUUUAAGUUCUCUCAGUGAAUGGAAAAAUUUACAAAUGGAGACUAACGAGAUCGUCAGAGCCGAUGUGCGUAAACACUGCUUGAUUUUUGAAACACAGCCAGCUGAUUCUCUUAAGGAUGACUCCAACGCCAGACUUCAGUCUAUUGAAGACGUUAUUGGGGGCAACGUUAGAUCGGCAAGAGACUUUUUUGAAAGCAGCCCUCAAACAGCCAGGAAAAUUUGCCCCGAGGUCGGAAAACUAAAGAAGGCAUCAGAAGGUGAAGAAGUGAAAGGGGAUGUGAGACACCAAAAAUGGCGCUUUGAGAGUCAACCUCUGGAGCAAAUAAGAGAGGAGAAGAAAGAUAUAAUCCGUACGAUAAAUGUCAGUGAAGACCUCACACAGGAGGAUGGCACAAGCUGCAGGGCAGAUGUUCGCAGGAACUGUUGGAUGUUUGAGACACAGCCGAUGGAUACGUUAAAAGACGAUUCAAACACCCGUCCUUCAACAAAAGAAGAAGUCAUUGCGGGUAAUGUGAGAUCGGCCAGAGAAUACUUUGAAAUGGUUCCGGGUGAAGACAUGAAGGAGUUGGCAGAAGUGGGCAAAUUAAAGAAAACAUUUGAUCUUAAUGAGGAGAGAGGGGAUGUUAGGCAUCAAAAGUGGCUAUUUGAAAGCCAACCGCUGGAGGAAAUUAGAGAGGAAAAGAAAGAAAUUGUACGAACAAUUGAUUUGGAAGAAAUUGAUAAAGUGGAUGUGUCAAAUUACAAGCAAAUCUUUGAGAGCACACAUUUAAACACUAAUGUAGAAUCUCAAAAGAUUCACAUUGAGGGUAUUACAUCAGGUUCUGUUGAGUCAAAUAAGAACCUGUUUGAGUCCUCAUCACUGUAUGCCAUGCAAGACAGCUCUGGACAUUUCCACGAAGUUAAAACUGUGCGUCGUGAGGAGGUUGUGAAAGGGGAUGUAAAGACCUACAAAUGGAUGUUUGAAACACGGCCAAUUGAUCAGUUUGAUGAUGGUAUUGAAAAGUACCAGAUUAUAAAGGGUAUAUCAAAGCAAGAAGUAGAAUCUGGAGACGUUAAAACUGCUAAGUGGCUCUUCGAAACGCAGCCUCUUGAUGCUAUCAAGUACUUCAGCAAUAUUGAAGAAGAAGAAACUGUGGGAAUGACUAAAAACCUUGAUGUUGUGAAGGGGGAUGUGAAAACCUGUAAGUGGCUGUUUGAAACGAAACCAAUGGACAUCCUGUAUGAAAGAGUGGAGUUAAAAGGCAAAGGCGAAUCUGAGGAAAUACGCAAGGGAGAUGUCAAAACCUGCACGUGGCUGUUUGAGACGCAAGCACUAGAUGCGAUCCAUGAAGAAACAGAAACAGUUUUGCAAACACGGACUUUAAAUGACGAGGAGAUCAGAGGAAAGGAUGUGAAAACGGCCUGUUUUCUCUUUGAAACUGAGAAUCUGGAGGACCUAUCUGGGGAAGAGAAAGGGUCUUAUAAACGCGUCACAGAGAUAGACAUUGAGUCUGGAGAUGUGUCACGGAAAAAGUAUAUUUUUGAGAACCAAACGUUUGAUAUCAUGUCUUCUACAUCUGAGGAAGUGAUGCAAAAGCUCAAGAGAGUUCAGAAUGAGGACAUACAAAGAGGGAAUGUUGUAAACUGCAAAUGGCUUUUUGAGAACCAGUCCAUUGACACUAUACAUGACAGUGAAGAGAAAGAUAUGAUUAACCGCACUGUGAAUGAUGUGCAAAGAGGAGACGUGGACAAGAGUCGGUUUAUUUUUGAGACUUUUUCCUUGGAUAAAAUCCAUGAGGUUUCCUCUGAAACAGAAGGGAUGAAGAUCCAAAAAAUCGUCUGCGAUGAGGACGAGAAAGGCGACGUGAGAAAUUAUACGAUGAUGUUUGAAACCCUGCCUCUUUAUGCCAUUCAGGACAAAGAAGGCCAUUACCACGAGGUCACAACUGUCACAAGCGAGGAGGUAAAACAGGGAGAUGUCGUUGGAACGCGAUGGUUGUUUGAAACCAAGCCACUCGAUGCCAUCAAAGACACCGACGAAGUUUACGUAAUCAAAUCCGUAACACAACAGGACAUGCAAAAGGGAGAUGUCAUGUCUGCUAAGUGGAAAUUUGAGACACAACCUCUCGACAAGAUUGCUGAUGAAAGCAAGCCUUUAAUAAAAACAGUGGAGGAUAUCCAAAGAGGCAACGUUAGAGUGAAUAAACAGCGUUUUGAGGCUGACGCCACGUCAGAGGCAUCUGUUCGGACAGUUAAUGUCAGUGAAAUUCAAAAAGGUGACGUCAGGACAGCAAAAUGGAGAUUUGAAACCCAGUCCAUUGAUCAAAUAAGAAGCAUGAGCUCUGAAAAUCUUAUUGAAACGGUUAAAAAGGAGGAUGUGGCAAAGGGAGAUGUCAAACAAUCAGUCUGGCUCUUUGAGAAAACUCCUCUUGACCACAUUAAAGAGUCAGAAGAGGAUGAGAACACAACUCUUAAUCCAAAGGAGAUUCCCAAAGCGGAUGUGAAGACAACAACAUGGCUCUUUGAAACCACACCAUUAAAUGACUUUAAUGAGACUAUAAUAGAAAAGACUGAAAUAUUGGGCAAAAGCAUCAAGGGAACUCUUGAGGAACUUUAUAGUCAGAAAAUGGUGAAGUCAAAGGGAAUACUAAUUGAGGCUGAUGAAAUUGGUGAUAUAAGAAUGGCAAAGUACAAGCUAAUGAAUAAGGAGGCUCCAGAGAUUCAACGGGAAGAAAUUAUCAGGGGAGAUCUGCAGACAAUAAUGAUGAACCUCCUGGAUAGACACGAACAAAAGGAGCAGCAUAUAGUCAUUGAUUCGGAGGAGAAGGGAAAUAUCAGCUCAACAGUGCAACAACUAUUCAGCCAAGAAAGAGCUAGCAAUGUUGAAAAAGAGGAAAUACUGCGUGGCGAUAUCCAAGACGCUCUUACAAACCUCUUCAAUGAGCGUGGAUCAGCAAAACAGGGGAUACUCAUCCAGGAAGAUGAAAAAGGAGAUGUGCAGAUGACAAUAUAUUCCCUUUUGCAUAAACAUGAGAAUGUUAAUGUUGAAAGGGAAAAAAUUGUAAAAGGAAACAUAAAGAGCGCUCUUGAAAGGCUGUCAAGCUCAGACAAGCCAGACGAGGCUCUGAAAAUAAAGGUGGAUGACACUGAAAAAGGAAAUGUUAAUUUUUACUCAACAUGCAUUGAAUCUGGGGCGCUUGACUAUCUUAAACAGCUCCAAUUAGACCCUGAGGACACUCCUGAGACACUUGAUGCAGCAAAAAGAGAGCAGAUCAUUGGAGGAGACAUCAAGGGCACUAAAUCCAUCCUGAGUCGCAAUCAAUCGCAAAUUGAGCGCACAGUAGAGGAUGUUAUCCCGGGAGAUGUCCACAAUGCACUGAAAGUUUUCAUGUCCGAGCCAACGGUCUCACUGGAAAGAAUCCAAAAAGAGGAGAUAGUCAAAGGAGAUUUAAGGGCUGCUUUGAACUCUUUGUCUGACUCAGUGAAGCAGACAGUUACAGUGGAAAAGGAGGAGGUGGUGAAAGGCAACAUCCCGAAAGCUCUGCUGUGUUUGGAGAAGGCUCAGAGAAGUUACAAGGAGGUGGAAAAGCCGGACAUAAUUCCAGGAAACAUCAGAGGGGCUCUAAGAUCUCUUGAGAAAUCAGCAACAUCGAGAGUCGAAGCUGCUGUUGAGGAUUUGGUUCCCGGAGAUGUGAAGGCCACACUAAAAUCCCUCGAACUGGCAACGAAAACUGUGAAGGAAUUUGAAAAGGAAGAAAUUGUGAAAGGGGACAUUCAAACAGCAAUGCUAAAUCUACAAGAUGCCUCCACUGAGAGGAGAAAGUAUCAACAGGAAAUAGAUGUUCAAGGAGAUGUAAAAGGGACGAUUCAGCUCUUCAUGGAGUCUCCACCCUCGCCGACGAUGCAGCAGAGCCUGAGCCUCGAGGGUGACAUAAAGGGUGACAUCAAAAUGUCAAUCAAGUCAUUGUAUGAUACACAGGAGCAGACCCAGAUGGAGAAAGAAGAAGUGAUAAAGGGUGACGUUAAAGGCACUAUUAAAUCACUUUUGGAAACGGCCCAACGUGAAGCUUCCAAAAUCAAACAUGGAGCGUACCGAAGAGUUAAAGUUAAGCAGGGUCCUUCAGCGAAAAACAUGAAGCCUGACGGACAAAGGAACAUACAAAAGAUAAAAACAGCUAAACAGGCUGCAACUAAUGAAAAUCACUCCAUCACAAACGAAACUGAUGUCCAAAUAAAUGUAUGUUCUCUAGAGACAUCUGCUAAGAAAUCAACGGUGGUGGAGCACAAAACCAUCACCCAAAACCACGGCAUCAAGACUGUAAAAACAGAGUUUCGCAAUCUGAAAUCCAACCCAAAGGGGAUGAAAAUGGGAAAAACCAAGGUCAAAACUGAUUAUUACACAUUCAAGUCACAAGCACCAGAGCCUGAUCUGCCUCUCCCACCUCCACCUCCACCGAUGACAGACACUGACCUUCUUCCUCCUCCACCUCCCAGUCCUCUUCCUGCCUCUGUUGAUACAUAUGCUGAUCUCCUUCCUCCCCCACCGCCACCUCUAACAGGUGAGCAGGACUUUCUCCCACCUCCUCCAUCCCAACAAGAGCUGGAGAGUAUGCCAGCUCAACCAAUGAAAGCAACGAAAAUGACAGUCAAGAAAGUUAAAGCUCCAGUUUUGCACCAAGUUCCAAAGCUGGAGACAAAAGUUGAAUUAACAGAGAAAAAAGUGGAAGUUGACCUAAAUCAUCUUAAAACAACUACAGAUGUAUCUAAAACCAUUCUGCAUGAAAUCCCGCUUCUAUCGUCCGAAUCACCACAGCCUUUGAAGAAGGUUUACAUCACUCCAGUGAAAUUUACUCCCCCACCUUCCCCUCCUCCCUCAAUGAGAGGGAAAAGCAGUAAAUUCAACACACCGUUAAUAAAAGCUGAAGAGAAGUUCCGGAAUCUAAAGGAGGAAAACACACCUCCAACUACCCCAUCUCCCACCUUCAUGCACGACUCCGUCAGUGCUGCUCUUGAAAUGCUUUCUAAUAAAGAGCAUUCGAUUUACAGCACCGCAGGAAUCGCACAGGAAGGGGAUGAAACAGUAACAGCAGGUGCUCAUUUGGACACUUCAUUGUGCGAUUUUUCCAAGCAGGCUGUGGCCUCAAAUAACACCCAAAGCAAUAAGAAAAUCGCUGCAGAAUCUACGGCCAUUUCUUCUGCAAAACAGCAAAUCCUAACAAACGAGACAAGAGUUGUUGCCGUUCAAAAGACGUCAUCCGUCUCUGCUGUUAAACAACGCAUGCAAAUCAGCACACAGGAAGCGCUUUCUAUUUCAUCCAAACAAUCAGCUCAGCCUGGCCUCUCUGAAGAAGUGCUGAUUUCAGUCACUGAUGCUGCAAAGAAAGAGUCUAAAAGUCAUAAAACAAAAGACUCAAGCAAAUCAAAAGAUGAAGAUGACAUUCAUCACCAAAAAGUACCUGAAACAGAAACAAAACCCAACAAUUUUCCGAGAAAAACUGAUAAACACGAAAAUGCAUCUAAAUCACCUAGAGAUGACAAGGAGAAAACACACGCUUCCUCCAAUGGACAAGGAACUGUUUCUAAAGAGCCUACUCAAACAGAGAAGACAACUCUCAAUACAAAUGGGAAAUCGGGCAAACAGAAGAUGAAAAAGAAUGGCAGCAAACAAGAGAAGCAAGCAGAGAUAAAAGUGUCUACUGAGAGUGAGAAAAAGAGCGUUUCCCAAGAUUUGAAAGUAGAAGUGAAGGAAGCUGCAAAGACAAAACAGGAGAUAAACAAAGUUACUCCAGCGCCUCCCGCAAGCAAUGCUGACAACCAACCAGGGACCCCGACUCCAGCAAAGAAGAAAAAGAAAUCUAAAAAGUCUAAAGGGGGUGCACAGCAAGGUCCGCCUAAAGAAACCCUGUCGGAUUCAAAGAUAGAAACAAAAGAGGCCAAGAAAGAAACAUCUGAAACAAUCCAACAAAACCAGGAAACAACUGCAGUCAAACAACUUCAAAAAAGCUUCAAAGAAGAGCAAAUAAGAGGAGACGUUAAAACCGCUGAUAGAAAGGAUGAUCAGAAUUCCCACCAGGAAAGACACUUUCAAAAGCUAGAGAGGGAAACUCAAAAAAAAGAAGGGACGGUUACUCAGCAGAGCACAGAGGAACAACCAAAAGAAAUCAGGGAUGCCCCAAUUACAAUGACAGCCAUGCCAGAACUAAAUGAACUCGUAAAAUCCACCACAGAAAGAACAAAGGAACCUCAGGCACAAGAGGUCCAAGUGUUAAUCUCUCAAAUCACAGAGAUAGAAAGUACUUUAGAGAAGACGGAGUCUAAAUCUGUGAAAGGUCUGCUGAACUCGCUGCCAGACUGGCUGCUGACUCCUGAAAGCAAACGUGAGAUGAAGCAAAGUGUUGCAGAAAGCGAUGCUCAGAAAAACAAAGACAUUAUUUCAAAUGAGAGGACACUUGCAGAAGAAAAUGUGGUGCCUUUGUCAAAUGAAACAAUAGAUGAGCAUGAAUGGGAGCUGGGUUCUGAGAAAGCAUUUGGAGAAGCAACCAGAAUAUCCAAGAUUAGCAUUGGUUCGACCAAAAUUGAGACACAAAUUCAGAAAACAACCUCACACGAAAUCAGGAAGGAGGAGAUGAGUUUUUGCAAAUCGGUUGACCUUCGAGCUCCGUCGCCUUCACUCAGGGUGCGGCCUCCUUCUCCAACAUUUAUCACCAUCGAGUCCAUGCGGAGAACAGACUCCCCCCAGAGAGUCACUCCGUCCCCCACGCUGCUGCACAGGCCUCCCACACCUCCAACACCGCCGCCGCGCAGGUGCGACACCCCAACGUCACGCAUCACGAGAAUCACACCUUCUCCAACUUUUGAUAAGGCGGAGAAUCUGGCUCGGCUUAAAGACACAACUAUGAAACUGUCGCGGGUCGUCACCCCACCACCAAUACUCUCCAAUCAAAUUCCAGAAAAGAAAUCGGAGAUUGUGGAAUCUCCUACAACGUUCCACCGGCAAAUCAAAAUUGAUUCCCAGACAUUAGAUGCUUCAGAGACUUUGACUAACACUCAGAGGAUUGACACCAGGGUAAAUGAAUUCCAUGUGCUGGAGCUAAACAGUACACCGAGUAGUUCAAACAAUCACAUGACACAAGACCAAAACGAGUCAGAUCCUGCUGAAGAUCCGGAUGAUUUUGAACCAUCUGCUGCAUCUGUCAAAGAAAAGAGGAAUUUCUUUGAAGAAGCACAGAAAGCUGAAAGGAAUAAGGUUUAUGUGCGUAAAGAACCCAUCACUAUAACAGAGCGAUUGGGCCCUGAGAUAGAGCUAUGUGAAGAUGACAGUAAGAACAAAGAAAAAGAUGAACCUCUCAGGGAAGACUUGUCUGGUCUUGUAAACAAAUUUGAAUUCCCAGAGGAGAAACUCGCUGAGCGUGUUCACGGCGGCACCGAGAGCGCAGAUUGUGAUGAGGAAAGAACAAACAUCCUACAAAAGGAAAAGCCGUCUUUUAACAUUCAGGCUCUUAAAGAUGUUUUUAAAUUGGGUGAGCAAAUAUCUUCAUUCAAAGUGGAGGAAAAGGAUCAGGAGGAGUUUUUAUCGAGUCUGAGUGAAACAGCAGCAGACACUUCAAAGCCGGAAAGUCCAGGUGAGUCAAAAAGAGGCUCAAGGCAGAGCACCCCUCUCCCGUUUCAGAAAAACAAGGCAGAAACUGUUCCUGCACCGCCAGGCCCCUUCUCCGAAACCAAAACCAUCACAGAGCAUUUCUCAAAUGUUGAUGAAUUUGGUAACAAGGUCACCGGAACACUGACUGCUUUCACUCAACACUCUGAAAGCAUCUCAACCCAGCAAGUCCCAUUUUCUUAUGCCGAUGUGGUGAAAAGAAAAGCUGCCAAGGGAACAGAAACGUAUGAUGAAGACGCUACUGAACAGUUACUGAGAAAUUUCCACAAAACAUGGACAGAAAGCGAGGUGGUUUUCAAGAAUCUUGGGUACACGGUGUCAGAGGAGGCAACGUCACAAGCUGAGUCACGUCAGAUGGAGAAGGCCUCCUCGGGCUCGAGUCCCGAAGUGGGAGCUUUGCACUAUGUGCCGGAGGAGAGCUUAUCCGAUGGAUGCUGUGAUAGUAGACAAAAAAAAGUACCAUAAAUCCUGUUUCUGCUGUGAACACUGCAACAACAAGUUAAGCCUGGGAAACUACGUCUCUCUCCAUGGACAUUUGUACUGCCUGCCCCAUUACAGACAACUCCUCAAAUCCACAGGGAAUCACAGCAACAGUCUUGGACAGAAACCUCCCACAGGAAGCGGCAGAUCCAUUCCCUUAGAUGACACCCUCGAACAAAAAUAUUCCAUGAGCAGCAGAAAUUCAGUAGACAGAAUCCACAGAGGUGAAAUAACAAAAACAUUUAAUGAAAGCAAACCACACA